UUAUGAGCACCUACAGCCAAGUCCUAUUUGAAGGGACCUCAUCGCAGAGUUGUGCCAAUCUGAAAGGAUACAGCUGAGGAUAUUUAGUGUUCAUGUUACACACCCUACUGCUCUUCAUUGUUAGACAUUAUGUACCAGCUGUGAUCCGUGACUACAGUCCUACUACAGGUUGAUUUCCUGCUGUGGUCAGUGGCUACAUGGCUUCAGGUGUAGCAGAGGAAGACGAUGGAGGCAUUCCAUUGGACAUCGACAACGUGCACAUGCUCCUCCAAGUGGAGCAUGAACAGAUUCAGAAGAGGACAUUCACCAACUGGAUAAAUGCUCAACUUUCUAAGAGAUGCCCUCCCUCUUUUGUGUCCGACCUCUUCUCUGACCUCAGAGAUGGGUCCCAGCUGCUUGACCUGUUGGAGGUGAUGAGUGGCCAACCUAUGAAAAGACAAAGGGGCCGUGGGGUCUUCCAGCAGAGGGCCAACAUUGAUACCGCACUGAACUUUCUAAAGAAGAAAUCUAUCAAGAUGGUGAACAUAAACAUCCCAGAUAUCAUAGAUGGACGGCCCUCCAUCAUCCUCGGACUCAUAUGGACCAUCAUCCUCCACUGUCAUAUUGAAGAGUUGGCCAGCACUCUGUCCUACAGCUCGUGUCACUCCUCUCUGGACUCCCUGUGCAGUCUGGACUCGCGGUCCAGCAGCCCGGCGACUCCGCUCCCUGCGGGCCGGACGUCUCCGCUGCACAAACGCUUCCGGAUAUCAGCCAAGAAGGCCCUGCUCAUGUGGGUCAGGGACCAAUGCCAAAAGGUCGGUUGCUCCGUCAGUGUGAAGAACUUUAAGUCGAGCUGGAGAAGUGGAGAGGUCUUCCUGGCCAUCCUGUGCUCUCUCAGACCGCAGCUGGCUGACCUCUCUCUGGUUCAGUCCAGGAGCAACCAGGAGAACCUGGAGGAGGCUUUCCACCUGGCCGAGAGGGAGCUCCACAUCCCCCGCCUGCUGGACCCCCAGGAUGUCGAUGUACCAGACCCUGAUGAGAAGUCCAUAAUGACAUAUGUGGCCCAGUUUCUGCAGUACUCCAAUGACAUGCCGGCUCCGGAUGACCAUCUGCAGCUGUUUCCUGUGGUCCAGCCCUUUUCUCUCUCACCUGUCAACCUGCCUGCUCAAUUCACUCCAGCAGUGGCUGUUUCACCGUUACGCCAGGUCUCUCCAAGUGAGCGAGCGCUGGAGGUGACCUGCUGGCUGCAGCAAACCUAUGAUGAACUGUCAGAGGCACGGACAGCUACAGAGAAAUCAAGCUUUGCAGAAAAGUAUCAGGUGUUUCAGAACCUGUUUGGCUCCUUCACUGAGCAAAGGAGACCAGUCAUGACCCUCCUCGCUGCCGUUAGACGCCGCCCUGAGCUCAGCCAAGAGCAGUGUGCUCUCAGGACAGCGUGGGAUCGUCUGGAAGCAGAGCUGCAGAUAUGUAAAGCAGACCUGGACUCCAGCCUUCCUCCUCCUCUGGACUCGGUUGUGGUGUGGCUGCAGCGUGCAGAGGAAGCGCUAACAGAAGAGGGAGGAGGCGUGAAAGAUCAUGCAGGCGCUGCUAAAGAAGCAAGAGCUCAACAAGACACGCAAAAGACUUUAAUCAAAGAGAUGAGCUACUACGUCAAUAUUAUGGAUACCUACCGCAACAUGGACGACUCAGGGAACAUAGUUGUGCCCCUUGAGAAUUUUGAUGAGAUAAAAAGACGAUUAACCAAUAUCCGAGUCACAGCUAAAUAUCAAGGGAUCAAACUGGAAUACCAGGAAUCCCGUCACACUGUUCUGGAUGUCCUGAGCCGCAUCAGUGCUAAGGUUCAGAUCUGGAAAGCUGCCUACAGUUCCCAGGAGGCAGUUCUUCAGCUUCUGCAGGACUGGCAUGAAACUGUUGAGCGCCAAUGCCUGCUUUUGAUUCUGAUGGACUCUCUCCAAACACUGAAGGAGAAGGCGAACAAUUACACCAGCAAGGCAGCGCUAGGUGAGGACUCCCAGCUUGUUGCUCGUCAGGUGAAGGAAGCAGAAAAUGAAGUGGAACAGAUCACACAGCCUGUGACGGCUGUCAGAUGGACGAUGGAGAGAGUGGUGUCAGCGUGGGAGAUUUACAACAAGUGCCUCUGUUCUCUACAGACGUGGCUGGCACAGAAACACUCACCUGCCCAGUCUCCUGCAGCGAGGACGAAGGACAUGAGCGAGUGGACGGCAUGUCAAGCUAAGUUAAACGAAGCGGGGAACUUCCUCAUCGAAGUGACAGAAUCUACAACCAGCCGCACAAUGGCAGAGCAACUCAGCAAAGUUAACAUGCAGUGGGCUGAAUGCAUGAAGAGGACCAUGUUUGAAGUAUCAUCGGAGCCCAGUGUUGGUCCACCUUCUCUUCAAACGAUGCAUUCACUGACCCAGGAGGCCAGCUGGCUACUGAGGCAGCCGCUGGAGGUGGCCUCUGUCCCACUGAAGGCCACCAGGCAGAAGCUACAGGGACUGAGUAAGAAGAUGGCCGAGGUGGACCUUUCAUGUCUCAGUCCAUCCACAGAGUUGCAAACGAGCAACACAGUGAACCUCCAAAAAACUCUCCCACAGGUGCUCGCUGCAGCAGAGACGAACUGUGCAGAGCUGCAGCGGGCUGCGUCGGGGCUGGAGGGCCGUCUGGCUGAGCUGGACCGCUGGAGCUCCGAGGCUCUGGACUGGCACCAGCACAGGGAGGACAGAAAGCACAGAGGGCGCUCUGCAUUGGAACCUGCAGCCAAAGUGCUGAUUUCUCGAGGGCCGCAGCUUGAGAACCAGGUUGUAUCUGAGGGACAGGAUCUACUGAAUCUUGUGGCACGAGUUCAGAAAACCUCUCCUCUACAGAACCUCAGCACCUCUGACCUGCAGGACAGGAUCUCAGAGGCAGUCUCACACUGCCAGGAGAUUUUUGGAAUGUUCUGUUCUCUUGGGUUUCUGCAACAUGUUGAAACAUCCCGUAAGACUCCAGGAGAGCCAGAGGCAGGGUUAUUUGUUGUGGCCAGAACCAAACAUGUACACCAGAUUGGGAAUGUGAUGCUGCAAAACCAGGACCCAUGUCUGGCUUCACCUGAGACUCCAUCUUUUACGCCUCAACCAAGGAUGACAGGUCUUCGAGGUUGGACCAAGAAUCAGCCUGUGAAUACAAAUGAUAAACCAACCAUUGUUAUAACUCAAGCUGAACCUGAACCUGUAAUCCAGUUAUUUUCUAAAUCCAACACUCGAGUUUCAUGUCCAAGUCAAAAGGAUCGACCUCUACCUGCUAGGAUCCAAACUCCUGUCGGACCAAAGUGUGCAAAAAGUCCAGUUCUGUCUAAACAUGUGACGAGUCCAGACCCAAAAAGUCAAACGUCUACAACCAGAAUAAGAGGGCAACCCAACACUGUACAGAGUGAUACAACCUCUCCAAAGCCUCUGGUGAUGGUCCGCAGUGAAGUUCACUCCAAAGCGCAGUCGAUGGCGAGGAGCCGGCUGGAGAAAGCCCGGUCUCACCUGCAGGGACGCAUCCAGCAAGCCAUCAGGUUGUUUGGUGGCAGAGAGGUGUCCGUGUCCCAAGCCAAGAAGAAACAGAAAGCUUUAAAGAUUCUGCAGCCUUCCAUCCUCGACGAGUUCCUCAGUGCUGUGGAGUGUUUGGGGGCCUUUUGCACGGGGCCCCAACUCCAGGACCUGAUGCUCCUCUCAGACUCAGUCAGAAAGCAGUGGGAGGAUGUACGCAGAGAUAUGGCCGCCUUUGUUCCCAUCUUUUGGUGUCAGAUCAGAGAUGGAAAUCAGUCAUUUUCUGCUGUGCAAUGUGAAACUCAAACUAACACUCUGCACGUAACCACUGACCAGACUGACCAUGACUCUGUGUCGCAGCACCAGGUCGUCAUGGAUGGAGCUGCAUCUGAUGAGGUUGAAUCAUUACAAGAGCUGUGUGAGACACUAACACAGGGACAGUCCUUCUGCCAAGCAACAGACCAGCUCCAGGAGUCAGAUGAAGCUCAAGAAACACAAUCCAGUGACACAGUGCUCACUUCUGACUGCAGGGGACGGCAGCCCCGGGGAACCCCCCUGCUGAGAAUGUCGGCCGACACGCAGCACAGCAACCGUCAGAAACAAAGCGUGGACAGACAACAACAAGACCUCUCACCUGUGUGUGGCUCUGUGACAGCGCAGCCUCAGGGUGAUAUCCUCCACCUGCGAGCUCAGGAUGUCCCGGCAGAGAGGGAGGGGGAACGUAGAAGCUGUGGGUUGGAGAAAAAACUGAAGUCUGCACUUAGAUCCAAAGAGCAGCCGCUGAAAGCUCGUCUGCUGCACUUCACAGAGAGCAGCCUGCAGACCCAGGCUCACAUACAGGCGGUUGUCAGGGGCGACACUGUGGAGACCAAGCAGGAGGCCGAGUGGACCGUCAUCCCAGAGACGGCCGCCUCACAGCAGGAAGUGAUCUCGUCUGAACAGGAAAUACUGGAAAGGUACAGGAAGUCCUGCUCGGCUUUUCAGUCUCAACUCCAGAAGACCAAGCAACAUUUGGAGGCGUUUAUCCAAGACUCUGUCAGCUUUUCUACCCUGCGGGACCGAAAGAAGCAACUACAGACUUCAAAACAGGAGACCGAGGCAUUAUGGUUUGAGUUUGAGCUCCAGUAUUCCCAGUUCUCCCAUUUGAUGACCAAGGAAGAUGAAGGUGAGGUGGAAAGAAGCAGGGAGCAGCUGACUCAGCAGUGGAGAGGACAACAGAUGUACCUCCAGAGCAGGAUGAAAUCUUUGGAGAAUACUGCUGACCUGAUGGAAUCUGCAGAUGGUCACAUGGUGCUGAUCACUGAAAACCUGGAGCGGAUCGUCAGAGAGUCUGUGGACAUUUCCUCCUUUUCCCUGACUGAUGCCAGACUGGAAUCUAAUUUAAAGGAGAUGGAUGACGGACUGCGGUCUGAAAUGAGAAAGCUUUCAGAACGAGUUGCAGACGAGGAAAGAACAUCCCCUUCAUCGCUCUGCCAGGCUCUCCACAACAGACUUCAUCACCUUCGGCAGCUCAGACAGCGGCUGGAGGAGGUUCAGGCUGCCGCUCAGGCUCUGAAAUGCUUCCUGGCCACAGUAAGAGAAGUCGAGGCAGAGAUCCCAGCCCUGCAGGCCAACCAGGACUCCAGAAGACAGGAGCAUGAGUCAGACAGGCAGCAGGAGAGACUCUCUUGGCAGGCAGCGAUGCAGCAGAGGUUACAGGCUGCCAGGACUCAGUCUGACGGCGUUGACAGCACUUUAAAGGCAGUGGGGAUGACUCUGACUAUGGAUGGUGCCAAUGUGACGUGUCAGGAUGUGGUGACAUCAUUGUCCCAGCAAGUUCUGGAAAUCGAGAAAGAGCUGAAGACAGGCGGGAAGAGGGACGGCAAAGAUGGAUUCUUUUCAGUAAGAAUGGAGCAAAUCCAGCAGCUGAAUCCUAAAGAGAUACAUCAGACAAAACCUGGGGAGGGUUCAACACAGCAGGGGGGAGCACAGGAGCAACUCACCGCAUGUAAGAUGGAAGAGGAAGCCAAAAGGAGAAAGCUGGAAGAAGAUGAUGAUAAAAACACACUUAAGAAGGAGGAGGCUCCAACACGGAAGUCUGAAGAGGAUGUGUUAAAAGAGAGAAGAAGAAGGAACAGCCAAGUUCAGAAAGAAGGAGAGAAGAAGAGUAUGGUCCAGAGGAGGUUUGCUUUGUUGGGGGCCCUGAGGGAGAUAAGAGGAGCCGCUGAGCAGCUGAGGCUUCAGGAGCCCAGCCUGCCCGCGCUGCAGCACAGGACUCGUGCAUUGACAGAUCUGGAAAGUCGACUUGCUGGACACCUCGCUGAGCUGCAGCACAUCCGAGAGGAAUCCUCACGGUCAGGCGAUGUGAGUCGGACCAGAGAGGCCGAGGAGCUCUGGGAGGAGGCCACAAAAGCUGUAACUGAACGGCUGGAGCAGUGUAACGCACUCACAGAGCUGCUGAAGAGGUUUCAGAGCAUCCGUGGGGAUCUGAGCGGGAAACUGCAGAGAGCGGAGAGCACCAUCAGUGAGCAAGCCUCCUACAUGGGGAGAGAAAACCUGCAGAGACUACACACUAAGGUCCAGGACACCAAAUCAGAGCUGAUCGGCCUGGGUGACGGUAUAGAAGAGGUCCGCAGCGUCUGCAGGCAGCUUCACACUCAUCUGCGUCAGAUCCCAGAAUGCACCAUGAUCCCAUUUGAGGACGAAGCGGAUGCUCUCAUGGACCGCUGGCUGGAUAUAUCAGAGAGAACAGAUUCCCACCUGGAAAGCCUGCAUCGGGGCCUGACUCUGUGGGAUGGGGUCCUGCAGCUGGGGGAGGAGGUGGAAAGGUGGACGGGCAACAAACUAGCAGCAUUUGCUGAGUGUCCGUCCUUUCAGACAGAAGAAGACAUCAGUGCCUUGCAGAAUGAGAUUGUGACCCAAGAGGAGAGUAUGGAGCAUUUCCAUCAAAGAGCCACAGAGAUUCAGGCACUGCUUCAAAGCACAGAGCCCCCUCUGGAGCUUCAGGUGGUGGAGACCCAGAUGAGGAAGAAGACAGAGCAGCUGCAGGAGCUUGUUUCUGAAGCGGAGGACGUUUACAGGCAGAUGGUGGCUGCUAAGGGACACAUCACUGUCAGGAUGGCAGAGUGCUUCAGCUCCCUCCAGAAGAUUCAGGACUCCCUCCUCACUCUCACUGGUGCAGAUGUUGCAGCAGUCCUUGCCACACUUAAGGAUCUGCUGUUCGAGCUCCAGGCGCAGGACGAGCAGGCGGAGAGUGUGCAGGAGGAUCUGAAUGUUAUGGCCUCCAUAGCGAGUCCGGUCAUUCUGCAGAGUCUGUCUGCAGACUGGGUUGAGCUGCAGGAGAAAGUCAGACACACCCAGCAGCUCUUCUCUGAGGUGGAAGAGCAGACUGUGAGGAAUAUCCAGGAUCUGGACAGGCUGCAAAGGGAGACUGAGCAUAUACAACAGUGGUUGGAGGGCGCUGAGGAAAAAGCAGCAACAGACGAGGGUCUAAGUGUCCUGCAGGAGGAAGCGCUUCAACAAAGGGUGAGGACAGAGGAGCUCAACCAGCUUGUGUCCUCCUUGCAGAGCAGCCCACUUCAGCAGUGUGCUGUGGUGGAGCAGAGCAGGAAACUGCUCCAACAAUACCACAACUUCCUACAGGGCUCCACGGAGGAGCAGAGCAGGGACAUGGAGGAGUUUCAGACUCCUCUGAAGUCCACUCAACCCUCUGAUGGAGAUCUGAGAGGAACUGUUGAUUCUCCGCUUGGUGAAAACCUCUCCACCAAGAGUCCGGGUGUGUGUCCCCGCCUCGAGGAAGUUGUGUGUAAUGAGGAACAGCUUGGCCAGUCCCUGCAGGCUGUCAAUCAUAAACUGACAUCCCUGCAGGAAAAGAUGUCCGCCUGUCAAGCUCAGAAAGAAAGCUCCGCUGCUCUGAUCACUGACGCACCGGCUCUGGAGGCUUUGUUACAUGAAGUAACCGACGUAGAAAAAUACCUUUCACAAAUUGCAACACUCAAGGACACCAUUACAGCCAUUUCUACAGCUGAGGCCCAGGCCAGCUUCUCACAGGAAAUCAGCAACCUGCAAAACCACCAGAGGGCGCUAGACAGCAGCAUCAGAGAAAAACUGGCACUGCUAACAGAAAACUCACUUCCUGCUCACAACAAGACUUUAAUAACUCGGCAAGAGAACAUUGAACCAUUGCAGACGGACACUAUCUUAACCCAGGACUCACAAUUUCCAGCUAUUGGCAAAGACACUCCGGAAGAAAUCAAAUCAACACACUGUGUCACAACUCUAGUUGGAUCCCAAGCGACAGAACUAGACCACUUCCCCCUUUCUACCCCUGGAAAUGUGUCUGAACAUCUCGCAGCACAAUCGGUUACAGGUGCUCAAGAACAAGAGACGCAGUUAGGUGUAACACAGAAGAAAGUGUUUACCAUAGUGUUGGACAUGGAGCCACACCACAUGCAGGGAAAUGACAGUGUUGGCACAGCACAAUCUGAGACAUUGACAACAGUUACUGGUGCUCAAGAAAAGAGGGAAUCCUGUGAGGAUAUCAGUGUGAGUCCAGCUAAAGUGUUUACAAUAGUGCUGGACAUGGAGAUGCCUGACUUCCAGCCACUGGACAACAUACACAUGUCAAGUACUCUUGAGAAUAAGUCCAGAGUCUCUUCAAGAUUAAUGAGUCCUGAAUCAGAUGAAACAGACUUCCAUUAUUUAAAGAGCCAUGCAUCAAAUGAGCCUCAAGUGGAGGACACCCUGACCCCAAUUGUGUCAAAGGCAAUGGAGGAUUCUACAAGUGCCAAAGUAUCAUGCAAAGAAAAGUCACAAACUCAUCAAUUAAUGCAAAAUGAGGUGUUGAAUCCCUCCAAAUCAUGCGGUGUUGUAACUGAAUGUGAGCUCACAGGUGCACACGCAGCAGAAACAACAUGUCCGGAUGUGAAACAAGAAGACACGACAACAUUUUGUCACGUUGAGAAGCAAACAAUGAACUCAGUCUCGUCCGCGGUGGAGGGAGAAGCCUUACCUGACAAACAAAUACCUGCUGCAGACAUUAAACAGCUGACUGCUGCUGACACUGCUCAGAGCGCAGGUACAGGACAGUGUGAGAGGGUAGAGGGAGGGAACACAGGAGGAGAGACAAAUCCUGAACAACCCCAGGGCAACGUUUUCGAAGUGCCAAAAAGACGAUACAAAGCUAUGCUGCUGUUUGAAGGAAGUGAAUGGAAGGUACCUGCAUCGCUGGAGGACACAGAGGGGACACAGGGACAGAUGGAGGACAGCAUGGACCCUGAGAGGACAGCUGGGGGGGCGACAGGUGAAUCAGCAGAGUCCUUCAAACCCAAGUCCACCAUGCAGGAUGUUUUGUCAGAGAUCCAGAGCUUGGUGGAAAAAAGUAACAUAAUAAAUCGAGACCCACACAUUGAUUUGAAUUGGUACCUGAAGUCCUCUCCUGGUGAACCAGAGAUCCGAUUGGUACGAACUGUUCAAAAGGUUCUGGCAUGCCGCUAUCAACCAGCACAACUCGAUGUCCACACGAUGACCGAACAGCUGCAGGAGGCAGAGGACUACAUGUGCCGUGUGCAGGAGCAAGUUGCUACUAUGAAAAGCAUGCGCAGUGCGGGUAUUUGUGACCCUGAAGCCCUGAAAAGAGUGGAAGGGCAGUGGAGCGCUGCCCUGCUCGACGCCUCCGCCACAGUGCAGGUCAAAGCAGCUCAGCUGGACCAGGUCCAACAGUACCACAAACAGAUGAGGAUCACCAGAGCUUUCCUGGAGGUUGUAGCAGCUGAGAAGGACAACAUGGCCUUAGGCUCUCUGGGCAGCAGUGCCCUUCAAGCGGACAGACUCAACGCCCUGCUUCAAACCAUGGUGAAGAAAAGAGACAUAAUGGAAGCGCUCCUCCAGUUGAGUAGCCAAUUUUCGGUCCAUUUGAGCGACGCUGAGAGUUCGGGUGCUCUUUCAGCCCAGCUCGGAGAUGUCCAGGAGGAAUGGAAGCUUUUAGAAGGAAGCAUCCAAAGAGCUCUUCAACAUGCCUCCAGCUCCACCUCUCAGUCCUCGCUUUUAUUACAAGAGGCCGAACAGCUUAAAGCCAACCUGGAAGCUCUUGGGGAAUCCAGCUUUCAAAGCCAUGACAACAAAAGCGCUUUAGAAGUUGUUUGUCUGACAACAGACCUUAAACUGUACAACCAGCUUUAUGUGCACUUACAGUCCCAGGCAGACGCUCUGGUCCAUUUCUCUCUGGGUCAGAAAGAGAAGGAUGAGAUCAAACGCAGUCUUCAGGAACUAGGGUCUUUGCUAAGUGUCACCAAAAGCAAGCUUAGCACUUCCUCAACCAGCAGUGGCGACGUUUCCUCCGCUAAGAUCAGCAAGCAACUACAAGACUUGAUCAUUGGGGCCAAGCAGGCAGAAAACCACAUCUCCAUCGGGAAGAAGUUAGCCCUUUUCCCCGAGGAGGCCCGUAUUCAGAUUGUCGAGAUGAAGAAAUUUCAGACUGAUAUUUGGUUUAGAAGAUCCAAGAUGCAGGUGGAAGUUGAGCAGAUUAAAGAGACACUCUCUGAUAAGGAAAAGGACGAAAGUGACCAAGAGUUAAAGACAAUAGAAGACCUCUAUGAAGCCAUCGCCGACAGCUUGGAUCAUGUUCUCGACACCAUGAAGAAGAGUCUGCAGGAGAGGGAGAAACUGUUGAGCCAGCUUGCUAACAUGGAAGCCUGGCUAGCACAAACACAUGCCGAAAGAGACCCCUGCACCCAUGUUGAGAAUGUUUCAAAAGCUGACAUCAGAAAGCUGGAGAGCAAGCUGAAAAGUCAUACAUUAGCCACAGUGGAGAUAGAGAGCCAACUUCAAGACGUAGGAGCAAUGGCAGACAGUUGCAGGGAAAUAGCUGUCGGGUUGAGUCCAGGAGAGAGCCGCUACCUCGUCAACAGGAUGUCAGGACUCCGCACAGAGUUAGAGGGAUUGCUAGCUCAUGAAAAGGCAGCGUGCUGGGAACUAGAAGAGCUGAUUCAUGAGCGAACCACUUCGGAUGAAGAGCUAUCAACUAUCCAGGCCAGUUUAAAGCAAAUAUCCACAGAUUUGGAGCAGCAAAGAUUCCCUUUAACCCAGGAAACCCUCACAACAUGCGCACAUUUGAAGCACAUGCUAAUAGAGCAUCAGUGUCAAGUACAGGAGCUGCAGCACUGUCAGGAGGCCAGGAGAUGUUCGCUGCUGUGUACCAUAGGGGAACUGCAAGACCAGUGCAAAGCUCUUAGUGUUAAUGCCAUUGAGCAAGACAAAUAUCUGCACCUCAGGAGACAAAUGGAGGAAUCCAGGGACAUCGCCGAAGAGCAAAUCCAGCGUGCCAAAGAUAAGACGAUCAGUGUGGGUGAGAGGGUCAGACUCUGCCAAACACUCUUGGUUGAACUUCCUUUGGUGAAGACACAGUGUCAGGAAGCAGCAGACCAGUUGGAGGCCAUAGCUCAGGAGUUGUACCCGUCGGAGUAUGAUUCAGAGAAGCAGAGGAUCCGCAGCACUGUGGAAACUUUAGUCUCCUGGGAGCAUUCGGUCGCAGAUGAUAUCAAAAACCUUGAGGGCAAGCUUCUGUUAGGUCUGCGGUUCUCCUCCGAGCUUCCCGCCUUAAUAGAGCUCUUCCUGACAACACGAGACGAGUUGCAGGGAGCCGAACCGGUAACUCCAGAUGAGAAAGCCAUAGAUAUUGCACUUAGAAGGAACUGGAUUAUUUGGAGAAAUAUGGAGUCUGGGAUGAGGGUGUUGGGAGGUCUGGGGCGGAAAAAAAAAGUGAACCUGAAGCGCUACAAGGAACUUUACUCUCUUAGGGAGGCAGCCAUGCAAGAGUGCCACUUAAGAAUGGAGAGUUUAUGCCAGGCGAGAGAAUCCUUGAAAGAUUACCAGUGGGCGGCUCAGGGAGCAAUAGGCUUCCUUCAUAAUGCAGAGGCCACUUUCCUAUCAGCCCCUGGAGGCUUUCUGGACUGCACUGAGGAGCAAAGGCAGACUCACCAGGCUCUGGAGGCUCUUGAGGACGGAUUUCAGGCUCACAUCUGCCACCUUGUGGAGCUGGUGCCCCAACAGCCCUGCCUGUCCCGCCCAAAGACGGAGCAGCUCCACAUCUGCAUCGUCAGUCAGCUGUUGGUGGGACGAGCCAUACUGGAGGCCCAAGCUCAGCUCAGGCUGGAGUCCUUGCAGAGGUGUGAAAUUAGACAGCAAAGCCACAGAAAGUGCCAUGAAGACAUACGUCAGCGCCUCUCAGGAUUCGAAGCCAAGCUUUCAGAAUGUGCUGCAGAACAAGUCACGUCAUAUGACAAAUGUGUGGCCCAACAAAGAGAAGCAAAGCUCUUGAUGGAAGGUCUCCGCAGCCUGGCAGGGAAGAUAGAAGAGCUGAGAGCCGGGUGUCCGAUGCAGGGCUGUGGAGUCGGAAAGGACGGCGAGCUUAGCGCCCUCUGGAGGCGCUGGGUGUCAUUACGCCGUGGGGUCGGCCUCCUCAUGGCACACACAGAACAGAAAGGAGAGGAAUGGAAGGACAUCACUACAAGUAUGGAGCAGUGUUGCAGCUCUUUGGCCGGUCUCCAGGCUGACGUUCCUGACUCCUCCACUGUGAACUUCACUGAGGAGGAGCCUCUGGAGCUCCUGGCCCAGGCGGAGAUGCACCAGACUGGGCUGGAGCAGGAGCAGCAGGCCUUAGCCUCCCUGGAGCACCGACUGGAGCACGCACUCAGCCUAUCCAGCUCCCAGGUGCCCAUCAGCCCUGGACCUGUGGGCAAAACACUAGUGAAGAUCCAAGAGAAUGUCAGGAGCUUGAAGGAGAGAAACCAGCUGGUGGUCGCUGCAGCAAAGGCAGAGGAGAAAGAGAGAGAGCACCUCCAGGAGGAGAUAGGAGAGGUGGCCCAACACAUGUUCGCCCUUCUUCCCUCGCUGGAAGACUGUUCGAAUCCCAGCAGACAACAGGAGCUCAGACAGGAUUUGUCCUCCCAGAAAACCAAACUCCAGUCUAUCACGGCCGGUGUGCAGAGCCGGUACGCUGAGAUACCGGCUGAUAUCAGCAGACGCUUGCAAGAAGUCCAGCUGUCGAUUCAAAGAGAGGAGGAGAAGCUCAUGGAGACGAGCGACCCAGUCCGUAAGCUGGCUAGAGAAGCAGCGGGGUUAGGAUCUAGUCUGGAGAAAGUGAAUGUGUUACUGGAGCAAAAGAGUCCAACAGUCAAAGAAGCUCAAAAUGUGCUCAAGCAUGCUUGGGAUGUGCUGGACGCCUGGCACAGCCGCCUGAUGCUGCUGGAGAGCAAAGUGCAGGAUCUUGCAGAGGAGGAUCCGGAUCAAACCCACCUGCUGUUUGACCAACUCACACAACCACUGCAGCUGUACCAAGACACAGUGCAGAGGACCGAGCAACGCACCGCCUUCCUCAACAAGAUCCCGGCCUGUCUGCAGGAGUUUGAAGACAUUCUGUACAGCGCCACCUGCUGGUUAGACGAGGCCCAGUCAUGGCUCAGUUCUUCCUGCUCCUUCACUACAGCGAGAGGCCUCCAGAACCAUGCAAACUCCCUGCAGCUUGUGCUGGACGACUCUGAGAGGAUCCGACACACCCUGCAGAACUUCAGGCCGGCCCUGGAGGAGAUCUCUGCUGUGUGCGACAUCAGCGCCCACGAGGAGAGGGUGAACCACAAUGACCAACAAGUCCACACAAUGCAGUGCAGGAUCCUGGAGCCGCUGGACCAGCUGCUGCAGACUGCGGUGGUGGUGGAGGCGAUAGAAGCAGAGCUUAAGACCAUGGAGAAGAACGUCCCGAAGAUCCAAGCAAUUUUAUCCUCUGUGGACAACUCCGACAUAACUCUGACGGAGCAUCUCCAAAACCGACAGGUGAUCCUGGCCAAUAUGCAGUCGAUGCAGAGGACGUUGGAGGAGAUGGAGACAUGCAAAGGAGAGCUUCCCCUCCCACAGGGAGCGGGGGGGAGCCUGCUGGUUUUCUCCAGAGCCAGACAUCUGCUGCAGCCGCUGGAGGAGCUCGAACAUCUCACCCAGCAGCAAGUAACUCUGCUGGAGAACCGGAUCAAGGAGGAAGAAACCUGUAAGGAUCUUGGCAUCAACACAGUCUCUGAUGCUACUGAAGAAAUGCAACAGCCAUACAGGUUUUCACAAAGAGGCCUAUUCCAGCAGGAGAUGUUUGUGGUGUCUAAUUCAGAGGAAGAGGAGGAUGAUGAUGAAAACGAGAGUUGUCACUCGUCGUCCUCUGACACACUAACAUGCAGUAUUCCAGAGGACCCAGAGGAAACACUCAACCUCUCAGAUGUUCAAACUGAGGAUAUCGCUGAAAGGAAGCCACUGUCAGCAGUAAAGGCAGUGGAGAGUUUGGCUGCUCAGUUUUCUUCUGAAGUGGAGCCGAGCACAAACGUUGCUGAAGCUGGACUUAUAUCUGUGAAGCCCGGACUUCAUAUAAAAGACUCUGGAUCACAAAGUGUUGAAACUGAAUCAAUAACAAUGGAUUACAAAGCAUUGAGUCUUGUAACUGUCACAGCUGAGCCUCUCUUGGCUGCACCGGAUCAACGUGGAUCACCAGGACAUGAAACCCUUGUCGCUGACACUCACGGAAAGUCUAUUCAGUCCGAAGCUGCGGUGGAAGACACGAGACUGAUUCCUGCAAGACCAAGAACUCCAUUCACUGCCACAAGAGCAUCUGAUGAGUCUUUAGAGGGAGAAGAAGAACAUCCGUCUUUGACCACAGCUCCUGAGCAAGAUCUGGGUACUCUUAAUGUAUCAAGGGGGCAAAGUGAAGUCAGCACCAGUCAUAGUGGUUUGUUGGAAGAAUCCAAACCAGCCCAGGAGUCAUCUGAGGAGCCGAUCAGCUUGGCUGCAGAUGAAGACAUGGAGCAGCUGAGGUGGAGUACACUUCAUACCCAGAUCUCUCAAAAACUGACCACUUUGAAAAAAGUUAAAGAGGAGCAUCAAAUCAGCUCAGAGGACACGGUGACCCAUGCAAAGGACUCAGAGAGGGAGAUAAUAUCAACAGGGUCGUCCUCUGCUGUUCUCCAGAGGACACAUGAGUCCAUCACCGUGCUGAGACAAAUAGUGAGCUCUCCAGGUGUUAGUGAGGAGUUGUACGAGGCGGCACGAAGGGUCCUCCUCUGUCUGGACGCUUUGACCGACCUUCUGUUAACUCCUGCUGAAGAAGACCCUCAGCUGAGGCUGCUACAGCAGGAGUGUGUAUCAACCGAGCUGGCGACUCUGUCUGAGCUGUUGGGUAAAGUGGAGUCAGAGAGCAAACCAUUAAAGGAGAAACCAGAAGCUCUGCGCUGUUUGAGCUCCCUUCAGGACGGUCUGCACACGGCCCAGCUGCUCCUCACCUCCUCACACCAUCUCAUUGAACAUCUGGGACACACACACCAGCAUCAGGUGCCCGCCUCCAACCAGCUGUGUAUUUUGGACGAGUUUGAACUGGGACAAAGUGAGAUGUUCCCCAGCAUACAGGAUGCUCCCAGCUUAGAGCAGUGUGUGUUGGGCCGACAUCUGAGGGAGAGUCCGGGGGAAAAAGUGAAGCUGCAGCAAGCUUCCCGCUCCUUGCUUCAGGGGAUAACUCGCCUCCUGGAACUGGGUGAAGAAUGCAUAACAGGAGGGCAGAGGAGCCAGGUUCACAACUGCAGCCCACUUCAAGCGCUCCUCUGCAGAGACAAGAAGCUCCUGCGAGUCCUCAGGUCUCAGUUGGCCUUCGUGCAGCAUCUCUUCCAACGUGAGCCAGGAGCGCUCCGGUGUCAGGAGGAUGAGCGGGUCCAGCUGGUAGUCAGAGCCACAGCUUUGCAGCAUCAGGCUCUGGAACAGGAAGUGGCCUCUCAAAGGACCAUCCAGGAGUGGACCCGGUGGGAGGAUAAUUGUCGCAGACUGGGCGAGCUGCUGGAUGAUGUCGAAGUUUUUAUCAGCAGUGGGGAACCAGAGGGAGACGACGAGAGGUUAGCACAGCAGAGACAAGAGGCCUGCCAGCAAACCCUGGUCCAGCUGGAAGAGAGCAGAGCUGUGUUGGGGCUGAUCCUGGAUCAGGGGAAGCGGCUGCAGACCGAGCCACAGUUUGCUGCCUCAGUUUGUCAGGCAGGAGGCGCUCUGGAGCUGCGAUGGCAGAGCGCCUGCAGGCGGACAGAGCAGGAGAGAAGGCGCUGCACAGACAUCCAGGACAGCUGGGCCAGAUUCCAGACUGACUUUGCUGCGGUCAGUGAAUGGCUGCUCGGUGCCAACAAACACCAGAAGACCUGGUCCAACCUGGCCGACACCUCAGACCUGAGCCAGGAGUGUGUUCGCAACAAUCUCAUCAAGCUCCUGGACUUCUCCAUGGAGAUUGAAGCCGUGUCGGUGCAGAGGGCGUCAGCAGCCAGGAGAGCCAAUCAGCUGCUCCACCUGAGGGAGGCCGACUGCCCCGGGCUGAGGGCCCAGCUCACACAGCUGGAGGGAAGCUGGAGCCAGCUGACCUCUGACCUCUCCAAGAUACAAGACCGGCUGCAGCAGCGGCUGUUGGCAGCAUGGCCGCCGGUGGAGCUGCUCUCUGACCUGGAGGAUCGUCUGAAGAAGCUUCAGGCUCAGCUGGACCAGGAGAGAGAAACCGUCCCCAUGGCCGAAGACGCUGCUCAGAUCACAAAAGUCCUGCAACACUACCGGGAGUUAAAGGCAGGCUUGUUGAACGGGCAGCUCCUUCUGGACUUCCUGUGCCAGUCGGGCCCUCCGGUGCUGGGAGUGGACGUCCGGGCUCUCCGCUCCGAACGCACGAUGUUUGCAGAGAAACUCGGCGCCCUCAGACUGCAGUGGCUGCUCCUUCAGAGAGAGCUGGAGAGCCAGAUUGAUGAAGCUGAACAGAUGCAUCACACUUGUGCAGACAGAGAGAAGCGUCUGCAGCGUCUUCACGGCUGGAUAGAACAGCAGGAAAAAACGCUGAAUCAGUGGAAACAGCCCACCAGUCUGACUCUGGCUCGUGAGGCUCUGCUGAAGUGGGGGGCUGCUGUGAGCAAAGUGAAAGAGGUGGCUGCAGCUUUGCAGGAGUUGAAAGCUACACGAGUUCACGUUGAAAAAGGAGAGGAUCAUCCGUGUGAUAUCUCCUUCUCUGACCGGACGGAGAGGGUUCGUCAAGCGUGUGCAGACCUUAAGCAACAGAUGGAGGCUCUGCGGCCGGCCGUACAGCAGAGUGUGGAGCAGUGGAGUCGCUUUGAGAGCGAUCUGAGGGAGGUUUCUCUGCAGACCACCAGGGGGCGCUGUGCUCUCCAGAAUCAGCCUCUCUUCUCACUGAAGCAGGCAGAGGGACACGUGGACUUCCUCCAGCAACUCCAGGAGAAGGCCGGAAAAGGAGAAGAGCUUUGGGCAUCUGUGGACAACUCCUAUCAAAUGGUUGUGAAGACUCUUCAUCCUGGAACAACACAGGCGCUGGAUGAUCAAAUGAGAGGAGAGCAAAAACGGUGGAGGGCCGUGGUGCAGGAGUUGGAGGAUGAACACAUGAAGACUGCAGAGACUCUCUCCCUCUGGCAGGAGUUCACUCUCCUCUCUGAUCACUGCUCCUCUCAGUGGCAAACACUGCAGCUUCAGUGGGAGGAGAUAAGGAGAUCUCAGCAGGACACUCAGACAACGCUUCAGUCACUGGAGAAGUUGCGAGAUGCUGCUGAUGAUUUGCAAAGCAGUGUGGGAGAUGUGCUUGCUGCUUCCAAGCCCCUGAUUGGACGUCUGGAACCUCUGGCCGCACAUUUUAUCCAAUCAGAGACCAGACUGUUGUCACGUGACGUCGUGCUGCUGAGCCAGGCAAUGUCAGGAAAAAAGAAAAGUCUUCAGGAUGAUUUGGAGCAAAGGGAACUGUUUCAAAGUCGCCUGGAGGCCAUUGAGAAGCAGACACAGAACACACAACAGAAACUCAAGACAAGCUUUAAAAACCCAGACUCUGUGAAGCAGGUUCUCCUGGAGCUCAGAGAUGUGUUUCCAUUACUGGUUGACGUCAGGGAGAUGAGUGUUUACCUGAGCCUCAGCGACCAGGAGAGGCAGAGAGUGCACACGCUCAGCAGGCUCUGGGCUGAAAGCAUGACUCACGCAUCGCACAGGAACAGUGAGCUGCAGGCAGUGUGUCAGCAUUCCCAGAGCUUUCAGGAGAAGUGUAAGAACCUGACGUCCCUCCAGAAAAAGCUUGAAGAUGAAUCACUGUCUAAAGAAACCCAACGUUUCUCCAGCCUCCAAGAAAUGCUCACUGUUCAUCAGAGGCUUGGAGCAGAAACAACGAUUGGACACCAGCUGCUGCAGGCUCUUCUCUGUGAUGCUGUCGAGUCCAUGGAAAAAGAAACAGGACAGAAAAGAUCUCAACUCAUGGCUCAGGUGACCUGUGUGAGGCAGAGCUGGCUACAGUCCGUGGCUCUGGCUGGACAGCGCAGGUCCUUUAUAAAAGAACAACUGGGAGAGUGGAGAGUUUACCGUCGUGGCUCCAAACUUUUGUGGAAGCUGCUGAGAGACGUUGACCCGUUACUGCCCCCUGCUGGACCCGCUGUGUGUUCGCUGCAGCAGCUACGAAGCUGCGCCGACGAUUACCAGUGUGUUGAAGACGCCCUGGCUCUGCACUCCACCGUGUGCUCCCAGACACUGGAGGCUGGCAGACGUUUGUGUGAAACCACGACAGAGAGUGAGUGUCAGGCCCUGCAGCACGCCUGGGAUCGAACCGGCACUCUGCUGCAGAGCAGGGGGCGCCUGGUCAGCACAACGCUCCAGAAGUGGUCUCAGUGUCAGGAGAGGAUAAUGAGCAUCACGUCUGAACUGGAUGAUCUGAACACGACGCUGAAACCGCCGCUGGCUGACAACGAGACACACAUUCAGGAGACAGACUUCUCUCUGCAGCGUUUGACCCGUGGAUUUAGAGAAGUGGCCACCAUGAAGACGGACCUGACCCAGUACGUCGCGGCCGGCGACUCUGCUCUGCUGGAGCGGCAGCUGGAACAACUCCACGUCCAAUGGGAAGAGCUGCGUACCAAGGUAUCUUUGCGCAGACAGGAAAUCGCAGACCGCCUCAACGCCUGGACCAUCUUCAACGACAAGAACAAGGAGUUCUGUGAUUGGCUGACUCAGAUGGAGAACAAGGUGUGCCACAGCGGAGAUCUGAGCAUCGAGGAAAUGGUGGAGAAACUGAAGAAGGACUGCAUGGAGGAGAUCAACCUGUUCAGUGAGAAUAAAAGCCACCUGAAGCAGCUGGGGGAGCAGCUGCUGUCGGCCAGCGACGAGGCGAAGCAGACCCAGGUCCACGGCUCGCUGCAGGAGGUCAACCAGCGCUGGCACAACCUCUUCCACAACAUCGAGGCCAGGGUGAAGAAGCUGAAGGAGACUCUGGCGGCGGUGCAGCAGCUGGAUAAGAACAUGAGUAACCUCCGAUCCUGGCUCUGCCGCAUCGAGGCCGAUCUGUCUCGCCCCGUCACCUACAGCGUGUGCCACCACCAGGAGAUCCAGAAGAGGCUGGCCGAGGAGCAGGGGCUGCAGCGGGACAUCGAGCAGCACACGGAGGGCGUAGCGUCGGUGCUCAGUCUGUGUGACGUUCUGCUGCGGGACGAGGACGCUGCCGGGGGCAACGAGGCGGAGAGCGACUCCCUGCAGGAGACCAGCCACAGCCUGGACCAGCGCUGGAGGGCCGUCUGCUCCUUGGCCCUGGACCGGAGGCUCAGUAGGAUCGAGGAGACGUGGAGACUCUGGUGUAAAUUCCUCGAUGACUACUCUCGGUUUGAGGAUUGGCUGAAAAUGGCCGAGCGCACCGCUGCCAACCCCAACUCUGCAGACGUCCUUUACACGGUCGCCAAGGAGGAGCUCAAGAAGUUCGAGGGUUUCCAAAGGCAGGUUCAUGAGCGGCUCACACAUCUGGAGCUGGUCAAUAAUCAGUACCGCCGCCUGGCCCGGGAGAACCGCACCGACCGAGCCAGCCAGCUCAAAGCUAUGGUCCACGAGGGGAACCAGCGCUGGGACACGCUGCACCGCAGAGUGGCCGCCAUCCUCCGCAGACUGAGGCAUUUCACGGGUCAGAGGGAGGAGUUUGAAGGCACCAGGGAGAGCAUGCUGGUUUGGCUGACGGAGCUCGACCUGCAGCUCACCAACGUCGAACACUUUUCAGAGAGCGAAGUCCACCACAAGAUCCAACAGCUCAAUAGUUUCCAGAAGGAGAUCACGCUGAACACCGAGCGCAUCGACGGCCUGAUCGUGUUCGGGGAGGGUCUGAUCCAGAAGAGCUGCCCGCAGGACGCAGCUCUGAUAGAGGAGGAGCUGGAGGAGCUGCACUCGUACUGCCAGGAGGUUUUCAGCAGACUGGUGCGCUUCCACCAGCGCCUCAGCCAGCCCCCGAUAAAAGAAGAACCGGAGCUCUCUAGAAGCACCUUCUAUCUGGAGUCCAGCCUGGAGCUGAUUGGCCGCCCGAGGUUGGGGCGGAGCCAAGGAAGCCUCCUGGCAACGCCCACCCACCUGCUGGCGUCUCCGCUGGAGCGCUCGGGGCGGGAGACCCCGGUGAGCGUGGACUCGCUGCCGCUGGAGUGGGACCACACCGGAGACGUGGGGGGGUCGUCACAUGAGGAGGAUGAGGAGGAGGAAGAACAUGAGGACGACAGAACUUACUUCAGCGCACUGUCAGCUCUGGUCUGCCCCCUCUCUCCCCCAGAGGUGACUGAGAGUCAGGAGGACUUUGUCGAGGCCCCAGAGGCCCAGCGAGCCUCCUCUCUGGUCUCAAGCCUGGAAGCACUUGAGUCUCCAAGAUGGCGGUCCCAGGAAGACGCAGAAACACAGUCCCUGCAGCUGGACUCUGAGGGCCACACUGAGGCCCCCCCCACCCUCACCAGCACCCCUCGGAAGCAGGGCUAUCUGCAUCUCAUGUCUCAGUGCAGUGGCAGCAUCGAGGACAUUAAAAGAGUUUCUCUGAUCCUGGAUGAUGAGGAGCGUCCGGAGGAGCUCGGGCUGACGGGACUGACAGCUUCAGACAAACAGUCAGGUGUGAUUGAGCGCUGGGAGCUGAUCCAGGCUCAGUCUAGGAGCGACCUGCACGCCGACCCUCAGGAGCCCCAAAAUCUCUCAUCUGACCUCGAUGACAUCACUUCCUGGUUGGAAAAAGUCACCCCGGAGCUGGAGCGCCUCCAGCAGUCCGACCCAGCAGCCAGUAUCGAGGACAUGGCAGCCAGAGCCAAAGAACUGAAGGAGAUGCAGAAGAUGUUUACCCGCUACAAGUCCAUCAUGCUGUCAGUCAACCUGCGGGCUCCGGAGCUGCAGAGAGUGGCUGCUAUGAACCGAGGGUGGAGCAGAGCCUGUUCCAGCCUCCAGCUGUGGGACAGCAGCCUGAGGGGCACGCUGAUGCGCUGCCAGGAGUUCCAUGAGCGCCUCCACUCCCUGCUGCUGUGGCUGGCCCACGCAGAGAGCCGGCGCUACGCAGUGGACAUCAGAGACCCACACACACCUGUGGCAGCGCUGCAACAACACCGCAACACACUCACAGCUCUGCAGGCGGAGCUGCAGGCCAGGCAGGCUCAGCAGGUGGAGCUGCAGGCGCUGUGGGCGCAGCUGCAGCCGGAGGACGGGGCGGAGGAAGAGGAGGAGAGCAGAGAGGCCCAGGAGAAGCUCCACGUGACGGGGAGCAAACUGAAGCUGCUGCUGAGGCAGGUGGAGCAGGACCUCAGCACCCUGCCGCCACAGCUGGGUUGUGAAUCUGCAUCAGAAGUCCAGGGACAAAGCUCCUCUGCAGAUCCAAAGAAAGGUUCCUCUCCUAAAAGAGAGAGGAGGGACUUGUCUCCCCCCCGCUCCUCCUUCUUCUACAGAGUCCUCCGCGCUGCCUUCCCCCUGCACCUCCUCUUCCUCUUCCUCCUGCUGCUCCCCUGUAUCAUCCCGUGGUCGGAGAGCGAGCCCGGCUGCACCGCCGCCAACAACUUUGCCCGGUCCUUCUACCCCAUGUUAAAAUACACCAACGGCCCCCCCCCCCACCUAACAACGCUGAGGACCAACUGAGAAACACAAGCCACCUUUCUGUCACACUGAACAAACGUGUACAAAUAAUGUAAAGAAGUGAUAGUCUUCUAAAACUAAAAUGUAUUUCUAUUCUUGAAGAUUUGAUCUUAGAACAGAUUGUAUUUAUUUUAUAAACAAAACCAUGCAUUUGACUGCAUUUUAAAUCUGGAAAAACACCAGCUUUGAACAAAAAUGCAGAUAUUCUAGUUUAAUAAUGCAAUGGUCUCUACACUACUGCAGCCUCAUCUCCUCUUAAGAAGAGACGCAUAGUGUACUGUAGCAGAGACAACAAAGAGGCGUACAGUAACGGUACGUCUACACAGCAGCGUUAAAAAAAUCUUGGAGGUGGGCGUAUCUGAAGCUUGAGGAUUUUUUGCGAGCAACCAAUCACAUGAAUCUCCCGCCC